AUGACUGAUGAAGGAAAAUCAGUAAAUGAUGUUCAAGCCAUGCUGACUACAGAGACUCCACAAGGAAGCUCCCCAGAGUCCAUCAUCCGAGCAGUGGGAGACCUGUUGGGAAAAUCGAUGAGACCUACCAGUGAGAACAAUGUAUUUCGACGUCUGCGGAUGUUCUCUGGAAACCUUCCCACACCGCCAGGAGAGGAGAGCCUUGACCAUUGGCUCGAACAAGCCUAUCUAAUGAUUGAAGAAUGUGACUGCUCUGAACGUGAGAAACAAAAGAGAAUAGUCGAGAGCUUAAAGGGGCCGGCCCUGGAAAUAAUUCAGGCUGUACGACUAAACGACCCAGAUGCUAGCCCUGACUGCUAUGUAAAGGCCUUGGAAAGUGCCUGUGGCACGCCUGUGUCAGGAGAAGACUUAUAUUUUGCCUUCAGGAGCCUUCACCAACAGUCUGGUGAAAAGCUCUCUGACUUUUUAAGGAGGCUGGAACGCUCGUUGAUCAAAGUAGUGCAGAAAGGAGGCCUUCUCAGCCACAGAGCCGAUCAUGCUCGAAUUCACCAACUCAUUAGAGGUGCUACUGACUCUGAUAUGAUGCUGUUACAGUUGAGAUUGAGAGAAAGAAAAGAGAAACCUCCUACCUUCUUAAAGCUCCUAAAUGAGAUUCGUGAAGAGGAGGAAUGUGAGACAGCUCGACGAAAAUUAACUACAACAGUAAGACAAGUACAAGUCAGAGACCAAGCCAAUACCAAAGCUACAGAAGACCAAAAGUUGAAGGCAGAGAUUCAAGAGCUUCGUGCAGAGCUUGGUGAGCUAAGGGAAAAGCAGCAAGACACACACACUGAGCCAAAAUUCAAACCCACCAAGAAAACUAUAGACACUGAAAAAGAAAACGAAGUUCAAAUGUUGAGGCAACAGGUGCUGCAGCUACAACACCAGCUAACUGUGAUGUCUGUAUCUCACAGUCCUGUGACUGCAGACCUUAAAAAGAGGGAUGGGAAGGCCAGACCCAGCCCAGCAGCUAAACCACAUAAUGCCAAAGACUCAGAGAGCUUCUUCUGUUACAGAUGCGGAGAAAAUGGUCAUAUUGCCACACACUGCACAGCCCCAGAGAACAGCCCAAAAGUAAUCCAAAAAUUACUCGGUGCUCUGCGCAAAAGUAAGGAAGAUAAAGCGUCACACAAAAGGUUUGCUGAGUCGAAGCAGGUUGGUCCAGUCUACACACAGCAGCCUCGUAACCUGCCACAAGGACUGGUUGACCCAUCCAUGAUGGCUGAUGGGAAAAUUGAUGGUCAACCCUGUAGAGCCAUUUUAGACAGCGGCUCCAGUCACUAUCAUCUUUGA